ACAAAAACGGAGAAGAAAAGCGAAGGGUUUAUAAGAAAGAGGGGCUUUUGAGCUGUGUAAUUGAAAAACAAGAAUGGGUGGUAGUGGGAGUGGAAGAGGCGCCGUGAAAGGAAUCGGUAUGGGAAUCGGAAUUGGGCGGAGCGGUGGAAAUCGAACCGUGCUGAUAACCGGUGUUAGCAAAGGCAUCGGUAGGGCUCUUGCGAUCGAAUUGGCGAAUCGCGGCCACACGAUUAUCGGCUGUUCCCGAACUCAGGAAAAGCUGGAUUCUCUUCAAUCUCUACUUACCACCAACAGCAAUCAUCAUCUCUUCCUGAACACCGACGUGAGUUGCAACAACAGUGUUGCAGAGAUGGCAAGAAUUGUAAUGGAGAAAAAGGGCGGUCCGCCGGAUAUCAUAGUGAACAGCGCAGGAACGAUCAAUAAGAACAACAAGAUGUGGGAGGUUCCGGCGGAAGAAUUCGAUCUUGUAAUGGAUACGAAUCUGAAAGGCAGUGCGAAUGUGUUGAGGCAUUUUAUCCCUUUGAUGUUGAGGAAGAAUGAAGGGGAAGGGAUAAUAGUGAAUAUGUCUUCUGGUUGGGGGAGAUCAGGUGCGGCACUUGUAGCACCUUACUGUGCAUCUAAAUGGGCGAUCGAAGGACUGACGAGGUCGGUGGCGAAAGAGUUGUCUCAAGGAAUGGCAGUCGUGGCGCUUAAUCCGGGAGUGAUUAACACUGAAAUGCUUGCUUCUUGCUUUGGUGUUUCUGCAUCUAUGUAUCAAUCUCCAGAGUUAUGGGCUUUGAAGGCAGCCACCAUGAUACUCAAUCUUACUCCUGCGGACAAUGGGGCUUCUCUCUCCGUUUGAAUGAAUGAAUGUAUAUCAACUUCAUUUGCAAUAUAUUUUGUUUUUUUUGUAACAUAGAGACAGAACAAAUGAGGCCAAUCAUCAAGUUCAGAAUCAUAUGAUAUGACUGUAUAAUUCAAACUACUAUCAAUCUAUCAUUGACAUUGUAAGAUUCGGCGUAGUUUCGAUUUUCUAUUUUUACUUAUACUUAUGUUCAA